ACCUCUCAUUGGAUCCUCUUAAAGUCAAGUUCAGCAUCUUACGGCUCCUCUCAAUGGGAUUUUGAUCCCCCCACCAAGUGUUCUGCUUGGCUGCGGUUGGACCGGAGCUCUGCUUUGACGCCGGAACCGAUGAAGCACACGACGACGGAAGAGUCAACCCAAACAGAUCGGUACCCAUCCUUGACAGACCUGUUUUAUAUAGCAGUUGUACCUGAGCUUCUCGCCGCUGGUUUGCCGCUGCCGUCAGGGAUGAAGGGAGGCAUCAAAACCCUUGACCUAAUGUUGCUCUAUUUUGGGCCGAGUCCAAGAAAACUCUACUAUCUUUUCAGCCCAUUAUCAAAUCUAUCAAAGCCCAUGAAAAUUAUUGCCCAAAUUCUUCUAAGGCCCAAGUAUGUAUCUUAUUUUAAAUUGGCAAGUCCACGUUUAAUGAAGUUUGUAUCGUUCUUUAAGGAUUGUAGAAGAUGUUUUCCUAGGAUGGUAAUGAUGGAUUUAACUUGGACACACCAUAAUCUUUCACGAUUCCUGGUUGAUAGAGAAGUCUAUGUUGGUUUCGAUGCAAGUCUAAUCUCGACGCAUGUUUGUUUAGCUCCACUCUCGCCUAGAGUCUGAUUGCCCAGAUCUGUUGUUGUGAAAAUUCCUUUAAGCCCAACUCUUUUGGUACCUUUUAUCCCAGUUUUGGCUGGUCGAAGACUCCACGCCAGCAGAGUAAUAGUCCCUCUAAGCUGGGCUGAUGAUUACCUUUCUAGAGGUAAGAUAAUUUGUUGUUAUCGGACUUUAUCUAAAGCUCCUUUCCCCACUCUUUGCCAAUCUUCCAAUAGUUGUAAGAAGAACGACAUUAUGAUCCCGUCUCUACGGAGCGGUGAUUACCGAAGCUUCGUCAACUUUCUACACCCGUUUCCUCUGAUUGUCAAGCUCAACAAUCUGAAUUUCAACAGUUUUAAAGAUAAGUUUCAAACUUUUAAAAGUUGGAUGAAGAACGGCAUUAUGACCCUCAUAUCCAAAGAGAAGGGGUUACCGAAGCUUCUCCUAAUCCUUAUGUUUUCUCCGCUGGUUUCAGAAUUCAUUCGAGUAUUAACCUUCCGGGUUUAUGAAGUAAAUCAAGAAAAUUUCAAGGAAGAAUCCGAGCUUUUACUUCACGCUUUUAAGCGAACCUCUCCCAGAACGCCUUUUACCUCCCUUGUGGAGUGCUUAUUGAAAGCUCCGAUGCGCUAGACGUACAAGCUAUUAGCGACCACGAGUUGGUCUUGGAUAUCCUGAAGUUAGUCUUCAUGUGGAGUCCAUCUUGGUGAUUAGAGUUGUUCUUUUGGUUGCAAGCUUUUCAAACUUUUGGAGCUCUCCUUGGGAUAAAUCUUCUAACCCUUAUCUUUACUUUCAUUGUAUUGCUUCCUUUCCAUUUCCAUUUCACCUUUGUAUGACCUUCCCUCUUUUAAGGUUUUAAGUGAAAUACAAAUGUUUGACCAAAAAAAAAAAAAAGAUGGCCUUAUGGGUUCGAAUUC